UCAUUAUGUGAAUGGUGGUCUGCCAUCGCAAAUACAAUUUUCUUAUCUUAUUGUGAACCAUACAACUUCCAACAAUUCAGACAUCUUUUCAUUCUUUCUCAUUGCAAUGGCCUUUUCUUCUGCAUAAACACUGUUUUUAUAAGCAAGUAAAAAAUGGCAACUACAGCCUGCUCGUAUCAUGGCGUUCAUCUCCCAUCAAUUAAUCUCAAAAACCAGCAUCACAUACACCAUAGCAUUACAUCUACCAUAGUGAUAAGAAAGCAAGGUUCAUUCACUCAAAGAUGUCGAAAGGGGAUCGUAAAAUGUGGUCGGGAUAUAACAGAUUUCAUUGGAGGAGAUCUGGUGAAGUUUGAUAUAGGACAAUGGUUAUCGGAUGUAGAAGAGCACAAGGCUCUGGCCAUCUAUACUCCUCAUGAGGGAGGCUACGAGGGGCGGUAUCUUAACAGGCUGAGGUACCAGGGAUACCAAUUUUUGGACUUGACGGCGCGUGGGCUAGGUGAUCCUGAGACUACACUAACCAAAGUUCAUCCAGUUUGCCCAGCUCACGUCGGGAAGCAACCAAUAGCAAGGUGGUACUUCCCACCUGAAGUUGAUUACAGACUUUCUUUGCUGCCACCAAAUGCCAAAGGUCUUAUUGUUUGGAUUAUCGAAGCCAAGGUACUGUCCAAAGCAGAACUGCAGUUUCUUGCGCUACUCCCAACUCUGCGGCCAAGAGUUAGGGUAAUUGCAGAAUGCGGAAACUGGAGGAAGGUUAUGUGGAGACCACUUCAAGAUAUUGCACAAGGAACCAUAAACGAUGAAGCUUGAUCUCAUCGCUCAGCAACUAAAAGAUUGUACAAGUCUUUAUGUGAAGCUCAUGUUGUAUCAGAAACUUGGUAGCUGGAUAGAAAUGAUUAUUCACUCAACAUUUCAUGUGUAAUUAGAUUUGUAAAUUGUCCGUAAAAAUUAUUUCAACAUCCAAAUAUUAUGAUUAUGAUUAUCAUCAA